AUGUCGCCUUCACUGUUGCAAGAUCCUCUUCCGAAGCAGACCAUGGAUUCGGUCGUCGCCGUCGCCAAGACCGCCUUCCAGUCGGCUCGACUCAAGUACAUCAAGAUCGACGAGGCAGACGAGCACAUCAAGGCCUUCAUACCCGACGUCGAUGAUGACCCGCUCAUGCAAGUGCUCGCCUCGCCCGACAUGCUGCGACCCAAGGGCAAAAAGGACAUCGACCACUACAUGGAGCAGCAAUCCAAGUCCUUUCUCGGCGUCGCCGUAUGCCUGCUGCCCGAGGAGGAGUCGAAGCAUGCCGACGAGGAAAGGCGCUCCGGAAGCGACGACGGCGACGAGAACGGCGUCCGGGAGGGCGGCAAGGAGAACAAGACGGAGACGACGACGGCCGGGCCGACCAUCAUCGGCACCAUGUGCCUCGGCUGGGGCGGGCAGCCGCAGUCCAUGUCGCACCACCGCAACUCGUCCAUCGGCAUCACGCUGGCCACCAAGUACCAGAACAAGGGAUACGGGCGCGAGGCCAUCAACUGGAUGCUCGACUGGGCCUUUCGACACGCCGGCAUGCACACCGUGAGCAUCGUGACCUACUCCUUUAACGAGCGGGGCGCCCAUCUCUACCGCGACAUUGGCUUCCAGCUCGAGGGGCGCCGAAGGCAGGUUGCCUGGUUCGACCGCAAGUGGUACGAUGAGCUGUGGUUCGGCAUGAUGGAAGGCGAAUGGGAGAAGCUGCGCGGGUUGGUCUAG